AUGCUGUCCCCUGGUCUUCAGUUUGUCGUCGCCAUAAAGGCCCAUCCGGACGACGUCGUGCAUUUGCACGGUCACGGUCGCCAUUUAUCCCAGCUAAUUCCAGCCGCCAUGCGUCUGCCGGUCGAGAUCCUCCAUCAGAUAUACUUUUUACUCGACCCUCCCGACUUCAAUGUCGCCCGCCACACCUGCCGCACCUGGUUCUGGGCCAGCUUGAACCGAUCCAUCCUUGUCACCAUGCUCAAGCGCGGAGGAUGGUGGUCCAGUAUCGAGAGAAUCCUCGAAGUCAAGCAGGGGAAACGUGCUUUGUUCAAUGUUCACGACCAAGAUGUGACCGAGGAAUGGGUCAUGUCCAAGUGGCUCGCCAGAGAGUGUGCCCUGGGCCCGAGUCAUCACGGGCUUGAACCCGCCUUCGUCGAGAUCAGUCAGACGCAGUUCACCGAUUUCGCCUCGGGCACGGUACCUGGGACUGGCGAGGAUGUUUGUGCCAGGUACACCGCAAGCAUGUGUGGCCAAUUCCUGAUGGUCAGCUACGGAGCAGUCAUUUACGUCUACGAGUUGAACCAUCGAUGCAGAGACGCCAAGUCGCCCCGGUGGCUCAUGUCCUCGUAG